AUGUCUAAUCCUAACGUUGAUCCAGUAAGGUAUUUAAUAUGCGGGGGAGUUGGUGGGGUCUGCACUGUUGUUGCAGGUCAUUCUUUAGAUACAAUUAAGGUUCGACUACAAACUAUGCCCAAACCAGAACCGGGACAAUUACCGAAAUACUCUGGGACUUUUGAUUGUUUUAGAAAAAUAGUAGCUCAAGAAGGAUUUCUUGGUUUAUAUAAGGGUGUAUCAGCUCCUCUGGUAAGUGUAGCUCCCUCAUUCGGUCUAAGCUUUUUCUCAUUUGGUAUUGGAAAACGUGUACAACAGCGCAGUCCGACGGAUGAGCUGGCUUUGCACCAGUUUUUUCUGGCUGGUGCUUUUUCUGGAUUGUGCUGUACCAUAGUGAUGGCACCAGUGGAAAGAAUUAAAUGCUUAUUACAGACUCAGUCUCAAACUGAUGGGAAACCAAAAUAUCAAGGUGUGUUAGGCACUGGAUAUAAGCUGUAUCAAGAAGGAGGAGUCAGAAGCCUUUAUAAAGGAACUGUGGCUACUAUUUUGAGGGAUAUUCCUGCAAGUGGGAUGUAUUUCUUGACCUACGAGUAUUUUCAAAAGCUGUUGACUCCUAUAGACCCUAAAACUGGAAAACCAGGCCAAAUCAGUCUUUUUAAUACCAUAAUUGCAGGAGGAAUGUCCGGAAUUGGCUGCUGGAGCGUAGGUAUGCCGGCGGAUGUUUUGAAAAGUCGACUUCAAUCAGCUCCUGAAGGAACUUAUCCUCAUGGAAUAAGGUCUGUUUUUGCUGAACUUAUGCAGAAGGAAGGUCCAUUGGCUUUGUACAAAGGGGUAGUUCCUGUAAUGCUAAGAGCUUUUCCGGCAAAUGCAGCUUGUUUUAUAGGAUUUGAGGCCUGUAUGAAAUUCUUGAACUGGCUGACACCAAUGGUUCAAUAA